AUGUUUGCUUUUGUGUUUGUCGUCUGUAAAAAGCUAUUCCAGAGAAACACUGGUGAAAUGGAAUCAAAUUCAACUUCUCUUGCAUUAGUAAGAACAACUUCUCCUGCUUGGUCACCUAGGAGCAAUACUGAUAGUCUUUCAGUCAACAACCUCACUCGGGAUAUCUUAAAUAAUUUUCCACACUCCCUAGCAAUGCAGAAAUGAAUACUGGUAAACCUCAGAAUCGUGGAAUACAAGCAGGCUGAAUUGGAACAUUUCCUAAGUAUUAAGGGAGUAAAUGGUGCAUUAGUUACCCGGAAGUCCAAUGAAAAGGUUGCAACACGUAAAGAGGGUAGAGACAAACUUUAA